UAGAAGAAAUACAGGAUGUUAGUCUGAAUCAGCUCUGCAAAGUGCAGAGAUUCAGGGCAGCAAAACACCAGACAGGAGGCAAGACCCUGUGAGCUCUGCUAAAGCCCAUCAUUGUUCUCAACCUCUCAAAUCCUGCUGUCAAUGGGUUUUGCUCAUUUUAGAGCAUUUGUGAUAGAGAGUUCAGAUAAGGAGAGAAAAUGUGGAGAUAUAUAUAUAUAUAUGUGUGUGUGUGUGUACUGGGAAAAAAUUAUUUGGGCAGAUAAUGUGAAAAUAUCAUAAGAGAUCAAUUGAGACUCAUCUUGUCCAUACUCGGUGAUCUGAAAUUCUUUGUGCAGACUGAUUAAAUUACCUAGGCUCCUGUAAUAGUCAGCAGAAAGAUCUGAGUUGUGGCUGAAGCAUAGACAGCUCAUCCUAAGACUGGAGCCAGAGCAGGUUGAACUGCAUCUGGAUGUGUUUGUCUCUCCCUAGAGGCUCUGGAUAGGCACACAGAUCUCAGCAAAAGCCAGGCAAGAGGUGCACAUCUGGAUGAAACUGCUGAAAAUCUGAUAAGCUGCAAGUGCCACGGCAUUGCUUCUUUUUUUUGUAAGGACUAGACCCAUUAAAGAGGCAUUGCUGCUUCUGAACUUCAGGUAGACACUUGACAAAACUAAUUCCAGGACUACUGCCAGGACUGUAGACAUUAAUGGUAGGAAUGAUAUGCAAUUGGGACAGUUACGGGCCAAAGAAUGGGGCUGUGCAAAAAAGCGUCUUCAAGGUGGAAAUCUGUGAAGAGUGGUAUUGCUGCCCAGAGGCUUCCUCUGGGGAUUAAUUAGAGGCUGAGGCAAAGUUAGGAAGGGAAAGCUUGCCAGAAUCUGUUUGUCCUGGAAACUCAGGAAAAGAAGACUUUGUACUCACUGUAGAAGGUCAGAAGCAAAAAAGAGCUCAACACAAACAACGGUUUAUGCUCCUACAUGUAACAGCCUGGCAAGGUCCCAAGCACUGACCAACAACUUCAGGCAAAGGCAGAAUUGCUGACACCAGAAGUGGCAUUAGCACUAUUGCCCAGGCUGUCCUUUUCUGUGCGCCAGCAGCCUGACCCCAUGGAGAAGCACAGAGACCUCGAGGAGAUCCUCCUCAGCGUGCCCCAGUCCCGGAGCGUGGGAAUUGAGAUCACCAACAAGACAAGCGUGACCCUCCGCAAUCCCAGCUAUUUCUGCCAAAGCGGUGAAGUCUUCACGCCCCCGUCACCAUCCAUCAGCCCCCAGUCCAGGGAGAUGUGCGUCUUUGUGAAACGCCACCUGAGCGCCUGGGGCGUAUCCGGAGCCCUCUUGUACGUCUCGGAGCCCUUCUCCUUCACGGUGAUGUUCUACAACCCUAGGAACAACACGAUAUUUGACCACCAGUAUGCGGUGGAGAUCUUCCAAGGGCCAACCAUCUCUGGGAGCCUGGAGAGCCUCUACUGGUCUAUGCGUGGGGACCGACCCCAGUCCCAAACCUACAGGAAGGAGGUGCUGGACAAAAAAAACUCCUCCAUCGUUGUAUCCGAUAGGACCUACAGCAUCUCAGCCACCAUGUCCAACAACAACAAAGCCGUCUUGAAGGUGCUGGUGGAGGAGACGCAGGGGCCUCCGCCAAAGUAUACACCCAACUGCUUUCCUCACCCCAAGGACAUCUCCAAGGACAGGCACCCCCAGGCUUUCACCUACUUGCCAAAAUAGUGACAAAGCUCCAUGUCCUGGAAUUUCAUCCCCACGUUGGGAACCCAACAGUUUCUGCACAAAGCGUGCAGGUUUGGUUUUAAUUUAUGUGUCUCCUCUGAUUUCAUGCCCUUUUCACCAAGCCUGCUGACAAACUGGGCAGGCAACCCAAGAAACAAAUCAUUUUCAGAUUUCACACUGAAGUUUUACAGAUCUCCAUCCUCCAAAGCUGAGAAAUUAGGAAAUACUGAAGAAAAAUAAAUCAACACAUUUCUCUGAGAGCUGCCCUUCGUGCUUUUGGGGUUGAUCAUAACCAAUGCAGAAGGAAGAAGGCAGUGAGGGCUCCAGCAUCUCAAGUUUUCAGCCGUCACAAUUUCCAUUUCCUGAAAUAAAAUCUCUUGUCCAGACUGAGGGAGAACAAUGGCUUUUUUUCGGUGCUGAAUUCCCCCGAUAAUGUGCACUGGCACUUUCUCCACCUCCUGGGAUCGUGGUUCCUCAGCUCCGCACACCCGUCUUGCUUGGCACAACCUUCAGAAAAAGG